GGUCAAGAAAAUUAUUGGGCGGAGCUUCAAAAAUAAAAGAUGGUUCUGACUAGUCUUUUUUCACGACUUGUCAUCGUCAUAGUAGGUGUCUUGUACCCCGCGUAUUGCUCUUUUAAAGCUGUCAAAUACAAGGACCACCGAGAAUAUACAACAUGGAUGAUGUAUUGGAUAGUUUUUGCCAUUUUUCUAACAGCAGAAACUUUUUCUGACGUUUUCUUAUCCUGGCUCCCAUUUUACUAUGAGAUAAAGAUUGUUAUUGUAAUUUGGCUGGCACUACCCUAUACCCAAGGUGCGAAGACGCUAUACAGGCGUCUCAUUCACCAUAAACUAGUAGACAGUGAAAAUCAAAUCGAUGAAUUUGUGAGUAAUGCAGGUCAGGUUAGCUUUGGUUUGGUACGCAAGGCCUCCUCUGUUGUGGUGAAUCAUGCAUCGGAAGGAAUAAUGACAGCUGCUAUGAGGAUCAGUAGACAAGAAGAGAGAAGAAAUAGUAAUAAUCUGGCCCCUCCCCCAGAGGAGCCAAUGGUUGUACGUGAGACAAUGCAACAGGAAAUGAGUGAAGAUUUCGUACAAGUCAACGUGCCUGACUCCUACUAUGUUGACAGCUAUAAAAAAGAAUAGCAAUAACAAUUAUUUACAUGUAUGACUUUAUAACUGUUUGAAUCUGUGUGGGGAAGUUGGUUUCAAGUAUUAAUAAUAAUUAUUAAUAUCAUCAAAAUAGAUUAUAAAAAUCUAGAAA